AUGUUCUCACGUUUAAUCACUAGAUCAAUUGUUGGUUCACGUCGUGUUGCCACCUUCAAACCAAUGGGUGGUAAUGUCAUGACAUUCUCAACCAAGAAAUCUGCUGGAACUCCACCACCACCACCACCACAACAACCACCAAAGAGCAACAACAGCUUGGAAAAGGAAUGGGAAGAGUUGGAAAAGUACGAUACCAAUCAAGAGAUCCCAGCUGAUGUCUUGAAGAGUCUCGAGAACUCUCGUUUGGCUCAAAAGAAACAAUAUCAAGAGAUCAUCUCCUCGUUGAUGGAAUCAAAGGAAACAUCAAAGAUUUCCUCACCAAAAUUCGAAGUCAAACCAACCAUCAUUAUCCCAACCGCCUCUGGUAAGGUUGCUCGUGCCCUCUUUGCUUGUGCUUCUCAAGCUCGUUCACUCAACAUCGUCUCAAAGGAUGUCGAUAUGAUUCUCAAGGCUUUCGAUACCAUCCCAUCAUUCCGUUCGAUCGUCGAGGAACCAGAUAUUGCCAACGCUGACAAGCAAAACCUCAUCGACUUCUUUGUUGACUCUGUCACCUUGUCACCAAUCGGUGAAUUCUUCCUCUAUUACAUGUCAAAUGAGAACAACUUUGGUAUCUUGGUUAACACCUUGAAGGAUUUCCAACGUUUGGUUGCUUCACUCUCAACCGAGAUGAAUAUCAGAUUGACUGUUGCACAUGAAUAUAACGACAAAGAGAAACAACAAUUGGAACAAUUGGUUAGAUCAUAUUUCACUGAGGAUACCAAGAUUCAAUUCGCCUAUUCAGUUGAUGCAUCAAUCAAGAGUGGUUACAAGAUUGAAUCACCACUCCUCAAUCACAAUGCCACCCUCUCUGCAGCAAUCGAAAAGAGUGAACGUGAGGAGAAGGCAAUCUUUUCCGAUUUCUUCAACGAUUUGAGAGAGGCUGCCGUCACCGAUACCCCAGUCUGGGAUAAGAACGAGUUUAAGGAGAAAUAUUUCUCAUUCGAUGUUAAGGCCUACGAAGACAGUCUCAACAAAUCAAAUUAA